AGAGCUCUUGAGGGAGCUAUCAACUUAAGCUGAAAUGUAGAAAAAGCACUCCAAAAAGACUCAGUGUGUAGAAUGAAGAAAGAGGAGCUGGGCUAAGCUGAAUGUAUGGAUCUGUGUUGUGCUGAACACACAUUCAGCAGUAACUGCACAGAAAAGAACCCACACAAAUGCUAUAUGUUCCUUUGUUUCUACUGCUACAUUUAUGUGGUGCUGGAAUAUGAAAUGAGGGCAGUCGCUCAAAGUCGUUACAUAUAUUUAGUUCCACGCACAGCACUUGAGCUGAAGUGCUGUGAAAGAUGUGUGAAAAAGCAGUCGAUAGCUGCUGUCUAUGUAGUUUAAAUUUCUGCUGUGUAAGUUGUUGCUGCGUCAACUUAAAAUAAUAGACUUUCCUUAUAUUUUUACCUGCACAAUGCAACCCAGCUCACUGGCAAAUGCGUAAGCAUCAGUUUUGCCUUCUUUUCUGAUAGUUGGUAACUGCUGAGAUUGUCAUUUGUAUCGUGCCUCAUGCAGUGGUCCUAAAGCUGGGUUACUCUGGUUUAUGCCCAGAAGUGGAAAGCCAAAUUUAAGAAGAGUAUUACUGAACCAACAUCACUUAGAAUUGUACUUUUUAAUACGUACUAAAUAUGAAACAGGCAGGAUUUGUCUGUUGCACCUACUUUGCCGGUAGGAAGAAAAAUGAGGAUUGCAUACUGGGUUGAGGAAAAAACCCAGACCUUUGUGUCUCUUCCAGUUCCUGCCAGUGGAAGAAAUGUUUGUUUUAGGAUGACAUAGAAUAGGUAUAAACAUUUCUUUUUAAACCUCCCUGUGUGGCCACCUCAGUCGUUCAAGAUGAUAUAAGCCACUGGCUUUUCCCCUUAAGUGGUUAUGGAGUUAAUUUUUUUUGGCAAAGAGCAAAGAUAUAUUUUCUUAGGUGAUUGUGUGAUUUGUUAAUGGAGAUGGACUAAUUAACCAUAAAGCAAAUGCUUGACAGUGCUAAUAAGCAGGAAGGUUCCUUGGAGUUGUUUUGUGAUUGCAACUUCUGUUUGUAUGUUGGGGUCUGUUGAAGAUGAAUGUUUAUCAAACAUGGCAGCUAGGCAGUAGCCAAAGAAUCAGAACAACUAAAUCCAAUUUACACUGCCACUUUCAGCUAAGUGUGUUAGUAGCUCGAUGGGUUUUUGUGUUCUUCUUGUUCCCCUAAGUGUAGCAUUCUUUAGUAUGUGUGAGCAAGAGUAGGAGAGUAGGAACACAUGUGUGGAACAAACCUGAUGAGAUUCUGAUGAAGCAGUGGAUGCUGCUUGCUGCCAAUGCUCAGCUGCUGCAUGUUUUGGUGUACUUUGGGAGUGCCUUUGCAGGUAAUGAGCUUCAGACUCUCAUGAUCUUUGCUUAGAUGCUUUUUUGUUAGUAAUGCCAAGUAGCCACAAAUGGGCCAUAAAAUUCUAUCUGCAAACUGUAAAAAAAAAAAAAACCGAGACAAACACUAACAAAAGAAACCCAAAACAAAGAAACCCUUUUUUACAUCUUAUUAAUAAUAACAAUGAAUGAUCAUGAAUAAUAAUGAAAGGAAGGAUUUUACCUUGGUAAAUUGAUAAAUCUUGGGUUUUUUUGUUUUAUUGCAUCAUAGUAGGAAGCAAGAGCAGUAGUUCAGAUAUUGUAGGUUCUUGUAGAGCAGCUGUGGUGUUUAAAUUUCUCUCCACAGAACAUGAGCAAAGGUUUUCUUAAGUGUAACGUGGGUUUAGGUGCGACUGUCUUCUCCAAGCCCACUGAAUAUCACGCUGAACAUGGUAAAUUCUUAAUAUCUUCUGGCACAGCUAUUGACUGUUUGUUUUGGAUAGGAAGUUGGUAAUGAGUUGCUGUAACUGAGUAGGAUGGAACAAGAUCACUGAUCUCCAGAAUGAAUUAUGUUCUUUUCCCUGCUUCCUUUUUCCUCUCUGACCUUCUCUUCCCUACAUUAAGGCCAGUGGACUUUCCAGGAAUUUAUUGCACAAACAAUUAUAAAGCUUUUAAUAUUUAUGGCCUAAUCUAGUUUGUUUUGUUGUCUGAGAUAACUUUGGCCAGAGCUUUCCAGUAAAAAUAGUGCUGCUGGCAAGAUGGUAUUUCCAAGCUCUUUAUUGUCAUGAGAAUUCUUCUCUGCUUAGUAAGCUGUCAGCUCAGGCUCUGCUUUGAAGCUGCUUAGAGGACCUCAAGCAGUCCUUGGUCAUUUAGCUCUAAACAUGUUGGCUUUGUAUCAAUGCAGAGGAAGGGAAGUCUGCUUUUUCUCUUAGCUUUGUAACUCUGGAUUCAUAGGUCCUGUUGGAGACAUGGAUGUGGACUCAUCACACAGCCCUCCUGCCCUUUCCUGCCUGCCUGUCUCCUAAUUUCUGUACAUUUGCUUGGUAGGAUGGACAGAUGAAGUCGAGGAGGAGACCCUCAGCUAAAAUAGUAGUCCCUCUUCUCCACCUCUUCCUUGGGAGCUGAGCAAUGGGCCUCUGAUUCAGCUCUCAAAAUACAAAUUUAGCAAGCUUGUGACUGCAAAAGACAUGAGUAAUUGUUCAAGUGUUGUUUAGAAGAAAUAAUGUGAGGAAGUACAAAUAUUUAGGAAUUCAGGAUCAAGCACAACUAAUAUCAGAAGGCUUGCUUACCUGGGAUGCUGCCAAUGUGGCUGAGCAUUAGCCGUUGCAGUGGCAACCUACUGGUGAGCUUUGUGGACCCCCUCUGCUGUCAUGCAGGAGCUGCUUUGGGGCUUUUUUCCUGAGGAAUUGUCUGCAUUUUUUACUAACAUCAACCCUGUCAGCUUCCUCUUACCCUUUUGUGAAACGGAAUUUUCUUCCUUUCCCAGAGUGGCUUUUUCAUGACCUGGGGGCCAAGUGAGACCCGCUGUCUGUUAGCAGGGGGUGAGGGGGGAGGUGGAUGUGGUAUUCUGGGUCAUACACAGAGUCCCCACUGGCUGUGUGGUGUCCUGCAGUGACUAACCUGCACUUGAUUGCUGUGAUGCCAUGAGCUGUAUACCAGAACUAGUUAAUGAGUAUACUUGAUAAGAAAAUGAAUCCGAGACUAGGAAACUAAAUAACAGGUUGAAAGCCUAAUGCGAUAAGAUACAUGAGUUGUUCUUUGGUUUGCCAAGUUUGUUUUCCUGUGGAAGUGUGGGGGCAUUUUAGAGGGAUGCUGUGUCCCACAGCACAGCGUUAAUGCACAGGUAAUGUGAGGGAGCCAUUACUUAAAAAAAGAUUUGGCAGUGUAUGAACUCCUUGUAAGGCAAAGCAUGAUCAACCUAAUGCUUUGCAGGAGGGCCAUUAUUAAACUGAAGAGGGUAUGUAAGCUGGGGUUCUCUGGGAGAGACUGCAAAACAAGUCAAGGCACUGAGACAGACAGACAGGGGUGCUAAAAGCAUGAGUGAGCCGGGCAACAAGAAAUGCUUCGGAAACUGUCAGCCUCUGGCCUGGACAGGCACACACUCUCCUGGGUUGAAAACUGGUUGGAUGGCUGAGCCCAGAGAGUGGUGGUAAAUGGAGUUAACUCCAGCUGGAGGCCAGUCACAAGUGGGGUUCCCCAGGGCUCGGUAGUGGGUCCAGCACUGUUCAAUGUCUUUAUCUCAAUGACCUGGAUGAAGGCAUUGAGUGCACCCUUAGCAAGUUUGCAGAUAACACUAAGCUGGGAGGAAGCGUGGAUCUGAUGGACAGUAGGGAGGCUCUGCAAAGGGAUCUGAACAGGCUGGACCGCUGGGCUGAGGCCAAUGGCAUGAGGUUUAACAAGACCAAAUGCUGGGUCCUGCACUUGGGCCACAACAACCCUCUUCAGUGCUACAGACUGGGGGAAGAGUGGCUGGAGAGCUGUACAGAGGAGAAAGACCUGGGGGUGUUGGUUGACAGCUGACUGAACAUGAGCCAGCAGUGUGCCCAGGUGGCCAAGAAGGUCAAUGGCAUCUUGGCUUGUAUCAGAAACGGCGUGACCAGCAGGUCCAGGGAGGUUAUUCUGCCCCUGUACUCAGCACUGGUGAGACCGCACCUCGAAUACUGUGUUCAGUUCUGGGCCCCUCACCACAAGAAGGAUGUUGAGGCACUGGAGCGUGUCCAGAGAAGAGCAAUGAAGCUGGUGAGGGGGCUGGAGAACAAGUCUUAUGAGGAGCGGCUGAGAGAGCUGGGGUUGUUUAGCCUGGAGAAGAGGAGGCUGAGGGGAGACCUUAUUGCUUUCUACAACUACCUGAAAGAAGGUUGUGAAGAGGAGGGAGCUGGCCUCUUCUCCCAAGUGACAGGGGACAGGACAAGGGGGAAUGGCCUCAAACUCCACCAGGGGAGGUUCAGGCUGGACAUCAGGACAAAAAUUUUCACAGAAUGGGUCAUUGGGCACUGACAGAGCCUGCCCGGGGAGGUGAUUGAGUCACCAUUCCUGGAGGUGUUUAAGGGACAGGUCAAUAAGGUGCUGAGGGGCAUGGUUUAGGGAUUGAUAGGAAUGGUUGGACUCGAAGAUCCAAUGGGUCCUUUCCGACUUAGUGAUUCUAUGAUUCUAUGACUCUGUGUUUCACUUGUUAGUUAACUGCUUGGGAUAGGAAUGGAGUGUCUCUGUGUGUGUGCACGUGUGUGUGUGUCUCUGUGUCUGUGUCUCAGAAGCUUAGGUUUCAGGAUUGUGACUCAUUUUCCCAGGUGUUGACCAAAGAGGCUGGGAGUGUAGCUGGAAGAUCUCAGAAGCACUCCUGUUGCUAUCAAAGAAACUGAGGUAUAUAAAAACCCUGAACCAGAAAUUUGACGUUUGGAAAACCUGAACCACUCCUGGUAAUGAAAGGACGUAAUAUCUCUUACAGCUCACUCCUGCAAAUACGGGUGUCUUUUUUUGCCUAGUUUCUAAUGCAGUAUGUGACGUAUUUUCAAAAUGCAGAAGAGUGUGGGUACUCUCUGGUCUCACGCGUGAUAGGAGGUGUUGUUGUUGUUGAGUCUGGCAGUGUUAGCUCAGGGCAGGAACUGCAAGGUGAGGGUUACACCAGCUUGACUAGUUUGAUACAAGCUCUUCAUGUUGGACAUACUUAACAUGUCUACAUCUUAAAAUGAAGUGCAUGUCAGUUAAAAUAAAAAAAUCAAGCAAAAGCCACUAGUGGAAGAAGAGUUGCUUACAAAGCAUGGUUCUCUGGUUGCUUUUCGAUACCUUUGCACUACUGGUGCCCUAAUGAAAAAGGGCUCACUAGGUGAACUGAAAUCCUUCCUUCUGUUGAUCAAAGCACCAGGCCAAGCAACAUUUAUUUUUCUUGGUCUUGAACGAUUUCCAGUGGUGAUAGGUUCAUUCAAUAUGUUGCUGCCUUUCCUUUUGCUUAAGCAAGGUGGCCUGUGAUGGUAUGUGUGCUGCAUGUGCCCUGGGGACAGCAGUUGUGUGUGCUCGAUGGCUCCAGUUUGGCUGCCCUUGCGAAGCACCUCAGGCAGUGUGCCUUCAGAAGACAGCAUUGCUUUCAGCUUGUACUGCUUUUCUUUUCUAGGGUAAAUACAUGUUUCUCAUGCUAAAUAAACAGGGCUUGUCUGGCAAGAGGUUCUUUCCAGGGCAAGCUAGGUUUGGUUCUUCCUUCUUUAUGUGUCAAAUGUGUUCAGUUUAUUAGAGCUGUUCCUGAUUUAUGGCUGCAGGGGUGAAAAUGAAAAUAGGAUCUUGAUGAAGAGGAUUCAAGUGAACUUUUGAACAAAUUACGAAAGGCUAAGGAAAUUAAGUAAGCCAGGCAUUGUUUCUUCAUCUUUGAGCAGUGCUAAAACAAAAAUACAACAAGAAAAACAUAUGCAUUUUGCCCUUGUGUGGUUUUUUUUCCCCGCUCUCAGCUUACUGUCUGGAAACUUCUAAUAUUAUUCUUCUGCAAGUUUCUAGGAAAUGAUACUGUCUCGAACUUUUGAAAUGGAACUGCAGGUAACUUUGUGGGACACUUAAGAUCAAGCAUCUGCUUAUUGUGCUGUUGUAUCUGGGAGAGCAGUCUGCUUGCAACAUCUGGCUUUUCUGUCCUUUUCCAGCCCGCCUACUCUAAAACCAAUGCAUAUUACAUCAGGUGGCUUUCAAAAUGAUUAACUCAUCACUAGAUCCUCUUUUCACUGCCCUGUUUGGUACAACAUUUAAGAAUAUAAAAUGUAUUUUUAAAGGCUGGAGAUACUGCAGUAUGUAAGGGCAGGUAAAUGUGAUUUUAAUAGGUUUGAAAUUUGAAGCUGUUCUAUAGCAACGCACGUGAUGCUUUUUAGGUGAAAAGUUGUUCUUCAGAUAGAAAUUGUCUUGAUAUGUAUUUGGACUAUUAAUUAUGUGUUUCAUUCAGAAAUGCACAAAGCACCAUUUGUGUGCAACUUCAGUGAAGUUCAUGUGGAAAAGCUGAAUCAUCGAAGCCUUCUGAACGAUAUACACUAUUUGGUUGUUUUCUUCAGUAGGCAGCUGGUGAACUCUCUUCCUGUACGGGGUGGGGAGUAUAGUGGUAAGAAAGGGAAGACGGGAAGGAGUGUCUGGGGGUGGGGGAGCCCUCUCGGUGCAACUUUACAAUUUUCCUGAGAAACCUCUAGAUUUGUGAAACUGAUGGGAGCCAGAAAAAUAUGUAUUUGUUUGCCUUUCUAUUUUUGGUUUGAAAUUGCUGGAAGCCAGUAGCUUUCCCACCAAGCAUUGAAACCAUUCAUGGAAGCUGAUGGGAAUACUCUUGUUCCCUUGCGUCAGAAGACAAAAAAGAAAAGUCAAGGAUUCUUUAUAAUGAGCCGACGGAGGAUAUCGUGUAAAGAACUGGGGCAAGCAGACUGCCAAGGAUGGCUCUACAAAAAGAAGGAAAAAGGAGCUUUCAUUGGCAACAAAUGGAAAAAGUUCUGGUGUGUGCUGAAAGAAUCAUCGCUGUAUUGGUACAGCAGUCAGCUGGCUGAAAAAGCAGAAGGAUUCAUCAGACUUCCGGACUUCAGUGUGGACCGAGCAACUGAAUGCAAAAAAAAGCAUGCUAUUAAAAUCAGCCACCCACAGAUCAAGACAUUUUAUUUUGCAGCAGAAAAUGUUCUGGAAAUGAACACGUGGCUAAGUAAGCUGGGGAUGGCUGUGGACCCUCACGCACCCAAUGGGAAGAAUGAGGAAGAAUGCUACAGUGAAAGUGAACAUGAUGAUAUAGAAAUAACAGACACGCCACCUCCUUACACAGUUCAGCCACCACCUCCUCCUUCGCAGGAUCAGCAGAAGUCAUCCUUCACAUCGACUCUGUCAAGUGAAGCAUCUUGUUCUCUCUCCUCUCCUGAAAGCACUUUCAACUCCCAGGAGUCAUCUUCUUCCUUGACAUCCAAAGUGGUUUAUUCUGAGAGGCAGUCCUGGCUUGACCUAGUUAACAGCUCUGCCACAGAAGAGGGUGAUCAGCCCUUAACUUUCUAUGUACACAUUCACUCUGAUGAACCACCGGAAGUAGACUUUGGAGAAGCAGCAGAAAGCCAGGAGCCCAGUGGUGAAUCUCCGAACUCAAAUUUUUCAAGUCCAGAUACACAUUGUCUAGCUGUGCCAGAUGCCACAGGACAGAGAUCGCUAACCAAAGAUCAGGAAAAAUGUGAUGAUGAUGAAAUGGAGCGACUUUAUAAGUCAUUAGAACAAGCAAGCCUGUCUCCCAUUGGUGAUCGUCGGCUCUCAACGAAGAAGGAGCUUAGGAAGUCAUUUAUCAAACGCAGCAAAAACCCCUGCAUUAAUGAGAAGCUUCACAAAAUUCGAAUGUUGAACAGCACGUUAAAGUGUAAAGAACACGACCUGGCCACAAUUAACCAGCUGCUAGAAGACCCGAAGUUGACUGCAAUGAAGUACAGAGAGUGGAGGAACACAAACAUCAUGCUGGUCCAAGAUAUUUAUCAACAUCAGGAGGUCCAAGACAUGUCCACAGAGAACAGCAAGAAGCAAGAGAUGAUUCCACAGCCUAUCACCGAAAGUGCUAUCUGAGGGCAUGUUUCAGUUGUUCAUGGGAAGAUUUCUCUGCCCUGGUCUUUCAAAUACAGGCAUUUUCAACUGUUCCAUUUUGAGGUUGUUUUUUCUUUGUGUUCUUCAAAAGGAAAAAAAUCCAUUCUCCAAAGCUUUAAUUCCUCUUGCAAAACUAAUUUCAUGAUAAAAAGGGCAAAUCCUCCAAUUUAAAGAAGUCUGUCUGUGCCUGGGCAUACCUAGGAAAGCUUUUCUAUGAAGCAGUGAAGAAAUGUUUUUCCAUCUUUGGAGAAAUAAAUGAAAUACGUCCAACUCCUAGAAGUCAAAGAACUGUGUAAUAUCUACUGUAUAACUGUAAUACCCUUGCGUCUGUUUUAAUGUAACAUACAGGUAAAGGAAGCUAAACCAACACCAACAGGAUGUAGUCCACUCUCUACCUUUUUACCCUUUAAGGUAACCUGAUGUAUGCAUUUUAAUCUCUGUAUUCAUUCACUUUCACCACUCUACCAGUUUAAACUGAGACAAAUACAAUAGUAAUUAUGCAUGAGUUUAUACUACAGAGAGUAGUCGGGCACACAGUUUGUCCAGUGCCUGAUACUUUGAGUUUCAAAUUUAUAUGUGGACCUGACCAAGGUACUGUCUUUCUACAUGAAGAAAAGAAGGUCUCUCAAUGUCUGCUAACGUGUAAUUUACUCUUCAGUGAGGCAACUAAUGCUUCAAUAAGUUUCAACUUUUCUUAUGGACUUGGCAGAGUUCCUUGGAAGAUUUUUUUUUUUUUCCUAUUUUUGACAAUUGUGAAUAUAUAGGGUACAAGAUCAUUCCAGAUUCCUUCUUAAGAAGGUGAUCAAGUUCACAAAGCCAAAUAACUAAAUUUCUGGUGUGGAUCUGAAAGUGGAAAAUAUAGCUGCAAAUAUUUUUGUAAAUAUAUGCCAUUUUUAUGGCUUAUAUGAAUGUGACUAUGUACUGUAUAUAUGUUUUAUUUAUAUAUUUAUAUAUGCUGAAUUUCCUAAUGUAGAUAGGCACACACAGAUCAAACUUGCCCAGAUGAGAGUUUUUUUGCUUUGUUUUUUUCGCUCCGUUAUAAAUCAUAGUAAUACUUCUGCAACAGAGACUACCCUGGGACACCUGUUGUUACUUUUUCUUCUGUCUUUCAGCUUUGAGAUUUUGAUAAAGAAAAUCUAGAAAAUAUAGGGCAGGAAAACAAAAUUUCUAGGAAGUUUCAGGGUUUCCCUUUGGGCAAAUAAGGAUAUUACAAGAUUUUGCUGCAGGAUUAUAACUUUUUUGCUUCAUUGUCUUCAGUACUACAUUUGGGAUUUUUUGCCUUCCAGUCUUCUGUGUGUAUACAAGUAUGAUGAACUUUGCAGACUUCUGAAUUUUGAAAAGCAAGAACUAGCCUACCAUUCUCAAAUUAAUGCCACUACAGUAACUGUGGCAACUGCACUUCUGUUAGCUGUUUCAUAAAGGUAUUCUGUCAUUAAGUUUCAACACAAUUUAUAUUUUACAGAAAAAAUACACUGUAGAGAUGCAACCAUAUUCACCUGUCUUUAUACAUUAUACAUUUUAUCACAACUUGACUGGAAAAUACAAGUUAAUCCUAUUAAUGGGAACAUGUGAAAUCUCUUCCUCCUGUGCAGUGAUAAGUCUUACUGUUGACAUUGAAUUUUUAACACUUUGUUUUCCUUUUAAAAUAGAGACAGCAUUAUUUAUCGAAAAAAAUGGCAGUUAAGGCUGUGCUGAGUGUGAGAGCUGAAGAGCAGAUGGUAAACUAUAAGGAAGGGGAAGUAGGAGGAAGAGUGUAGCUCCUUUGACACAGGCUUUAAUAGGAGAGGAUCAGGAGAGAUGGAGGCUGGCUGAAUGCAGAAGCAAGGCUGUGCUUGGGAAAGCAUCACUACCUCAGGUAUUAAAUGUUUCAGGAGCAUGAGGGUAAGAACUGAUAUUGGGUCAAGACAAUAAAUGGGGCUACUCUGAUAUUAAAUCGUAGCUGAGACAUUGAAUUGGGUGACAAUGCCUAAACGGGGAAGCAGACACAAACCCCAGGUUGGUUAAAAGGCUAUCGUUUUCAGGAAAUUGUCACAAGAGCGGCGAUUUCAUCACUUCACUAAUUCUAACAAGUUGAUAAUAAUUAAGCUUGAUAGUUGGUGCAAUUUGGUUUAGAGUAAUAGUGUCCUAAAAAUUAAGCCCAUUUAUGUUUGUCUUUUUAAAUUAUAUUUCAUGAUUUCCAGAAGACCUUCUGGGAAGUGGACAUUGGUAGGUGUCCUCCUCUUAACUGAUGUCCUUCAAAGCAGAUGUGUAAAUGGGAGAGGGAUAGCCCCUGAAUUUAACAUGAUGUCAAUUAACUGUUGAAAGCACACGAAAAGUUAGGAGUGUAGGGAUUAAUCUGAUUGAUCCAUCUCAAUUGUUACUACCUGGUGCCAAGUAAUUGGUAAAUAAUGGAAAUGAAUUUACAUGUUGAUUUUUUUCUCUUGCAAGUGUGAGUUUCUCUUGAAACAAAGCAUGUAAACAUCAUUUUUCUUCAAAAGCACCUUUACUUAGAUCUUAACAAGCACAAGCUUAAAUGGCCUGUUGAACUGGGCUAAAUGAGACUGUACCUUGCAGUUCUGAGCAAAGUCCUAGUCAACUGUUUGCUGAAGUAGAUUUGCACUAUAUAAAGGAAAGCAGUAUGUGUCUUGAAUGUCUGUUGGCUCUUUUCACACUGCUUGUAUAAGCAUAUACAAAACAGGUUUCCCAAAUACAGGGAGAAACAAGUUGUCCUCUGACUGCACAGUCUCUCUACUACUGUUUUUAACAGGUUAUGUAGCCUAAAAUAGCUAUUAAAUUACUCUUUCCAGAGGGUCAGUAUUUACUUACUUACUAUUGAAUGAUCGAGGUUUUGCAGACUUGCUGAGGAUGGACUGUACCACCCUCUUCAAGAAGAACAGAAAAAUCUUGAAUGGGGUUACUUUAAUGCAGUAGUUUUUGCAAAAAUUGUGUUCAAGAAAACAAAUACAUGGUUUUUGUGCAAGUGCAGUCCUGGGAGUCUAUCUCCAUUAUCUUCAGGUAUUAUUUAGACCUGAAACAAAAGGAAAGCAUGGGACAUGUGAAGUGAAAAUUAAUUCAUUAAGGAUUAAUUUUCCAGCAUUGCUAACUCAUAGAAACAUAGAGUAGUUUGGUUUGGAAGGGACCUUAAAGCCCAUCCAGUUCCAACCCCCCUGACAUGGGCAGGUGCACGUCCCCCUGGAUCAGGAUACCCAACGUCCCAUGCAGCCUGGCCUUGAACACCUCCAGGGACAGGGCAUCCACAACUUCCCUGGGCAACCUGUUCCAGUGUCUCACCAGUUUCAUGGUGAAGAAAUUCUUCCUACUGUCCAGCUAAAUCCGCCCCUCUCCAGUUUAUACCCAUUCCCCCUCAUCUCAUCACCACAAGCCUUUAUGAAUAGUCCCUCUCCCACUUUCCUGUAGACACUCUUCGGGCACUGGAAGGUUUCUAUAAGGUCUCCUUUGAGCCUUCUCUUCUCCCGGCUAAACAAGCCCAGCUCUCUCAGCCUGUCCUUUUACAGAAGGUGCUCCAGCCCUCUGAUCAUCUUUGUAGCCCUGCUCUGGACCCAUUCCAACAGCUCCACGUCCUUCUUAUGCUGAGGAUUCUAGAACUGGGCACAGUAUUCCAGAUGAGGUCUCACAAGAGAGGAGUAGAGGGGCAGAAUCAUCUCCCUUGACCUGCUGGCCAAGCUUCUUUUGAUGCAGCCCAGGACACGGUUGGCCUUCUGGGCUGCGAGCGCACACUGCCGGCUCAUGUUGAACUUGUCAUUAACCAGCAUCAUUAAGUCCUUCUCUGCAGGGCUGCUCUGAAUCACAUCACCUCCCAUCCGUAUACCAAGGGGGCUGUGCAGCAAUGUGAAAAACAACUGGAGAAAGAAGUGUGCACAAGCCAACAACUAUAAUACAACUAGUGGACGCAAUGAGGAAAGCCAGCUCAGCAGGAGAAACUUGGACAACUGUGUUUUCCACUCAGUGCUACUUGGGGUAAACAGUAUCCAUCGGACUGGAUUUGGAAGGCCUCCGCAAUUGGCUCAUGUGUAUCCCUUGUAAAUGUCCAAAAGUCUUUAGCCACCUGCCUCGUGGGACUUAUUUUAUGUAAUUUUUUAAGGAGAAAGGGUGUAUGUUUAGAUAUGUGCACAUACAAAUUAUUCUUUUUUCAGUAAAGGAUUUUGGUAUUGGUGCAGUGGGUCCAGCUUUACAGAUUUUGGAGAAACUAAAGACAAUAUCUAAUUCCAGCUGUUUCUGCAGCGUGUCUCUGGCAGCUUUUCUGGAAAUCAAAUCUCUGUUUUGGUGGUAUACAUCUCUUGAACUACCAGAAUGAGGUGGGAUCACACUUCCUUUCCUAAGAUGGAGGACUUUUUAUGUGGGGACUAUGAACCAUUUCUGCAUCUGGUUCUGACAACUUGCUCAAUACUGGAUUUCACAUGAAACAGGAACAAAUAAUGUGCUCCAACCUUUUUUUUUUUUUUCUGAAAUAAUUUUCUUUAGAGGGUAGCCUACAUAUUGAGAAAAAAGACUGUUGAGGGACAGCCAGGGAGGGAAGGGAAAAAAAAGGAAUGGUAUUUGAUUUUAAAACUAAAAUUUCAGAAUUUAAACUUGUUUAUAACGAGAAAAAACUACAGGCAUGCUGCAUCUAUAGUGUGAACCUGUAAGCUUACAUGUCUAUUACAGAUUUAAUAUAAAAACUUGUAUAUUUGAACUGUUGAUGUAGCAAGGGAGUCCAUGUAAACAUACUUCUCUGAGAGGAACACCAUAUACUGUGGUUAAAGUUUGGGAGCUGGGCUUUUUUUUGUUGUUUUGCCUGUUUAAUGGUACAAAAGUGACCAACUGUAGUGAGAGUCAGGGCUUACUCCAUUUAUGAGACAUGUCUUUCUGUUAACAGGAAGCCAAAGUGGUUUUCUUGAAGCAGUAGAGCCAAAGUAUUAUUUCCUCUUUUGCACAGGGCAUUUCAAAGCAUUAGACUUUCUAAGAUAUCAGUCGUUAUUUCCUUGAUGGCUUGAAACUUUAUCCUGCUUUUGUCUAAUAUAAGCUGCCACAUUCUAGUAUUUUUAAGAACUGGCUUCAUUAUUAACUAAAAGAGAAACUGAGAUGAGAAAAGGAAAAGAAAGAUAAAAAGAACAGAAAAUCUCUGAGCUAAGAUCAGUUUGAAAUUCUUGCCUUUGUGCAUGAAGGUAAUGGGAGAUAAGCUUGCUAAAAGCUAGGCAUCUCAACGUGGAAAAAAGAUUGUCAGGUAUUUAGGAGAGUACUACAAUCCUUGAUAUUUGCUAUGGGACAAGUUCCAAGGUAUGUCUGCUCUGGAAAAAUGAAUAUUUUUCUAAUUUAUUUCCUCUUGGUAAAAGUCCAAGGAUAAUAGUUUACAAGCUGGCAGAAAGUUAAAAAUAUAAUACGUAUGUAAUUCAUUGAUAGUUUAUCAGCCUUGAUGUAUUGUCUUGAAAUGAUUGACUCUAGAUGACACAGACUCUACUGCAGAAGAUCUCUUUCUUUGCUAAACCAUUGUAGCUGCCAGUGUCUGAGGGUUAUGCACCCCACCUGGCCUACACGUGGCCCACUUUGAGAAUAUAGGUGCAUGGUAUUUCUAUAGGGCAAAUAGCUUAUAUCAUCAUACCAUAAAUUAGAAACCAUGUGGACUCCCUGUGUCCUAGAUGCCAUAGGACCUACCCAAAUUAUUCUGACUCUUAAAGUUGCUGAUGGCAAUUUUACCUAUUCCCACCUAAAAAUAAAGAAAAAAUAUGAAAACAUGCUUCCUACUCUCAUAUGAAGAUAAACUAGCCCUAGUUUAGCAAUGAUUCAGGUUAAACCACUUUAUGGAUGCUGAGCAAAAUAAUUCACCUGGUGAAAUGCCAUAUGUGCAUACUAAUAGCAAGUGCUCUUGUGCAAAGCUUUCAGUGCUGAGGACUGGCCAAAAGGGGGGAUGGGGGCCUCUAUUCCAUUACGCCCUGUGUAGACAAGGAAAGCCAUGCAUAGAGGAGUAUUUGCAAGGAUAUGUUAGGCAAGGGCAGGUCCUGCAGCACUAUGAAUGUAUGUGGAAUCUUAGUUGGGUAUUUUAUGUGCUAUGUAUUUUUUUCACUGGUUUCAAACUCAAAUCAUAAUGUUUGCACUCAGCUCUGCCUUUUUACUGUUGGUUUCCUACACAUGCGACAUGAUUUUAAUGGAAUGAUACACACAUCUUGCAGAAUGAGAGCCUUAUGUUUGCACUUGUCAAUUAAACCGUGAAAUGAGAGAAUGUUUUGCUCAGCUUUUUUUUUUUUUCACUUUUCACUGUGGAUUUUCAAUUUACUGCUGUAUGGUAAAAUAAGGAUUUGCUGGUUCUUUAAACAAGGAAAUUCCCCUUGGGAUUAUUGUUACUAUUAAGUUGAAUAAUCUGGAACCAGAAAGACCCAUAGAAAGGCUUGGCUGAGGAAAGCCUUCCAGUAGUUGGCAACUUAAUCUUUCAAACUGCUUUUGAAUUAGUUAAUUCUCUUUAAUCAGUUGCUGUAGCCACCCUUAAAGUAUGAUCUCUUCUGACAGGUGUGGGACAUCAUUGGAUUUCUUUAUUUUCAGUUUACAGUGCAGCUUGUCUCAAUUAAAAGGGGGCUGGGAUCUUUGUCAAGGGUUUCCAUUUAGCCAGACAGCCCAGCCAGACAGCAGCAUAAUGGUGUUUCCUAAGAAAUUCACCUGUCUAAGGGCUUAGCUGCCCUGAAGGAAGAAUGUCCCCAUCUCCCUCUGCUCCAGUCUCCAGCAUGUUCGAACUGCUUGCCUUGGGCUAAUCUGCUUAUCAGUUGCCACCUCUGACAGCUCAGCUGAGCCAGGCAGUAAGGAAUAGACACAGCAAGCUACCUAGUAAUUUACCAUGAUGGCAAAUAAAAUUGGUUUAUGCAGUGGUUUGGUGCCUGCCAGAGCCUUCAAAAGGGAGGUAACUGGAUUGUGUAGGCAAAAGCAGAAAGAAUUGCUGCAUAAGCAGGAGGGGAAAGGAGGACUUCUUCCUUUUAGAAGCAGAGUAUUGACUUGACUGUUUCCCACAAUGCUAUAUCUUCACUUUCACCAAGAGAUGGUUUUUUUUCCCCUCUUGCAACACAUGAUUGUGAAGACAACCCAAAGGAGUAAUUUUGAUGCUGGGUAUACUAAGAUCUCAGCCUGUGCUUUUUGUGCCUCAUGCGUGUUUUGGCUCUGUGCCUGAAAGCCAAACUCUAAAAAAAAACCCCCAAUGUUUCCUUGGAGUUUCCUGGCGUGCUUGCUGCAGCAAAGCUGGUACAGGCAUGAGAGAGGCAGCGUGGACGGGGCUUGGAGCACCAUACAUAUAUCAGUUUACAGUAGUAAAGAAACAGCACCUUGCUGGCUUGGACCACCUCUUGUUUUCCUCUGGCUUUUAAUUUCCACCCACCUGUGGUAGUACAAAGUAUAACUAGUCCCCAGAUUUUAUAAGAAUAGAAAUUGGUUGCUCAUCAGCUGGAUGUUUGCCUUUUGUCUGCUUAAAAAAACCUGCUGGGGUUCCCCAGGCUUCCAGACAGUCCCUCUUAGGGUGGGGGUCAGCGUGUUCCCUAGCAACACAGAGGGCAAAGGUGCCCUUCCCGGCACCUGACGCUAUUUCAUCACUUCACAUUUUGGAAAGUCUCAGUCAUUAUUCUUCUGAUAUUAGAUCAUGGGCUGUUUCUUACUGCUGGAAGAAAAUAUCUACUGUCAGGGGGAAAAUUUCUUUAUUAUUUCCCUGUGCUCAAGAAAUGAUCUUGUUGUCACUAGGGGAUGUUCAGAUUGUCUGACGGAAGCCUUUAGUACAUGGGGAUACUGUGCAUAGUAUCAAAGUGCCCUGUCACUUUGCUGGAGAAACAUGGAUCUUUCCUCUUUCCAUUUCCUGGCAGAGCAGUGUUGAUAUGGGAAGCUUUCCUUGUAUUGCCAGUGAGGAAACACUGCUUCUUGCAAACAGGUCUCGGCAAGUUUUUCUGAUGGAGAAAAUCAAUCCCUUAGCACAGCCUGCUGGCUGUUAAUGAGACAGCAAGUAAGGGAGAGAAAACUGCAAGUUUAUAUUAAGGUGGGGAAGUGAUUGUGUUACUGCUAUAGGCGUGGUGGUCUCAGUCUGCAUCUAAGCAAGUCUUACAAUAAGGUAAGAACACUUGCUGCAAGUGGAAAUGUGGAGAGAGUCUGGCACACCAGUCCUCUCCAGACGUGAUGACAGAAGUAGUAAACUGAAACCAAGUGCAGUCUGAUGAUAAAGAUGCACUGUGAGGAAAAGCAAAUUAAUGCCUGAGGGGUCAGGGCAGGUGUUAGAGAAGGAGAGAUGGUAAAUCUUGAAGGAAAAGAGGUAAUUAUUGCCUGUGAGAAAAGGAAGGGCAUGAGGUCAGUGGACACCCACAACCUGCCAUACAACUGUUUCUGGAGGGAAUGAUUUUUAGUAUUUGGUAGUUUAACAUCAGUGAAGCUCAGCCAGUAAGUUCUUAAAUCUGUCUUGUAGGCCACCCUAAAAAAUGAUAGUCGAGAGACCGGAGCCUGUUUUGUGAAAAAUGCUCUCAUACUGGCGUUAAGGACCACGGCAUGCUUCUGUUUCUCAUGAAACAUUUGCACAAGUCUAAAACCCAACAGCCACCGUCGUGGAGUGGCACAGGAAGACAGAUGAAAAUUCAGAGGCAUCUCCAGUGUCCACAGCGCUUGCAAUGGCAGCCACAUCCUAUAAUCUAUGAACAUAUCAGUGCUCUUGGUGACCUGUUUGUGAAGUAGGAGGUAUAUUUAUAAGGUGCAUUUUCUUUAAUCUUAUUUUUAUUACAGAUAGUAAAUUCAGUUCACCUUGGCUACCUCUUAAGUGCAUAGAUUACAGAAGUGAAUAUGACCCUGAUGGUGGUGUCUUUCCCUGUGUGAUCUGAAAAUUUCACUUUACAAAUGCUAGGAGGGGCUCUAGUUAAGACUUCAUACUGCUGUAAAAAACACACAUCACCUUUCCAGUUUGAUGUGAUGUUUCAUCAUGAGGAUAAUUUGCUUUCUGUGAAUGAAUUUAUUCUG